UAAUAAUACGACUAAUUAAUCAGCUCUAGCUAGCGGCAGCAGCUCGAUCACCAUCGUCCGAUCCAUCGAUCCAUCACCGGCGCGGUCGGCUUCCAGAUCAGAUCAAAGCUAGCGCAAUUCAUGGCCAGCUUGAAGCCGAAGGGACCAGCAGCCAAUGCCGGUGCGGCCGCGGCGCCAGAGGCCUGCGGCGGCGUUGCCGACAUCGACCCCAAGCUGGAGUGGCACGACGGCGCCAACAGCUACAUCAUUCGCCUCAACCUCCCAGGGUUCAGGAAGGAGGACUUCAACGUUCAGGUGGACUCCGGCGGCCGGCUGACGGUCCGCGGCGAGCGUCCCGCCGGGUACGUGCGGUUCCACAAGGCGUUCCAGCUGCCCCAGACGGCGAACCUCGACGGCGUCGCCGGCCGCUUCGACGGCACCGUGCUGUCCCUCACCGUGCCCAAGCAGCCGGCCUCCGGGACUGACAUGGUGAAGGCGAGGCUGAUCGAGGGCAAGGAGGAGUUCGCGGCCGCGGCGGCUCGGGCGGAGGCGACGACGACGACGACGUGGGCAGAGGCCCUCGGCGGCAGGGGGCAGAUGGUCGCCGCGGCCGUCGCCGGGUUCGCGCUCGGCGCGUUCGUCGCCCACAGGCUCUUGUCGGCCACGAAUAGCUAAAUGUUUCGUGUCUAAAUCUGUGUGUACAUACAGAGACGUGUGAUUUAUAGUUGGAUUCCUCGCUCGAAAAAAAAGAGGUCUUACCAAAUGGGUUGUUCAAAAAAGUAGAGAAAUGAGUGCGCGUUCAUUGGACUUCAUUUCAUCAUUUCUUUAUGUGUCUUCCCUCACAUCUGACUUCACUUUUAUCGAACGGAUGUCUCCGAAGGGACAUCUGACUUUUUUUUUCUUUUGAAUCAUGCCGUGAUAGUGUUUUAAAAUGCAAAUGGGUGAU